GCCCAAGUGGAAGCUUGAUGGUAGUGAAGAAUCUCAUGUACAGUCCCUGGAAAUAUCAGGCAAUUACUGUGAGGAUGAGGAGGACAUGGAUACCUAUCUUUCAGAUAAAGAGGCAGAGUUUAGCUGUCCAAGUACUGAGAAGAAGGGAGAAGGUGAUAGCACACAUGCCAUUUAUGCUGUUCCUUGCAAAAAUAAAAAGGAAGAGUUUCCACUACCCCGUAGUACUAAAGUUGACGAGAAAGAAGCAUCUUCUCAUGAAACUGAAUUUAAGGUGCCCGUGGACAAGUCAAAUGUGCAACUAGAAGAAAAUGAACGGCUUGGUUUGAAUUUAAAGAAAGAAAAAUCAUCAGCUGAACAUCUGUUAAGUGAGAAGCCUCCACCAUCACCAGAUAUAUCUGUUUGGUCAAGAAAAGCUUGGGGAACUAUGACAAAAGAAAAAUUCAGAGAACUAAAACAAGAAAACUGGUCUCUAAACAGUGCAUGUCAGGCUUUAGCCCAAAGAGCUGAGGAAGCAAAACAACAAAUAGAAGAAUUGCUAUUAAAGCUAAAAAGUCUGGAAAAAGAAAACAGAAGACUUAGAGAAGCUUCAGAGACACAAAGAGAAGAGGAGGCUGCAGAAUUGCUUUCUUUAAGAGAACAAGCACAAGAACUGGUGGAUGAGAACGAUGCUUUGAAAAUGACUGUCCAUCGUUUGAAUGUAGAGCUAAGUCGCUAUCAAACAAAAUUCAGGCCAUUGUCCCAAGAAGAGCAUGUAAAACUAAAAUGUUUACCUAUGAAAGGACCACCACCUCCAUGGCUGUUGGAUAUGAAGUAUCUGUCACCACUCCUGUUGGCAUAUGAAGAUAGGCUGAGAGAAAAGGAUGAUUUAAGUCUUGCACAUGAGGAGGAUAUGAAGAACUUUAAAAUGCGUGUUGAAGAACUGGUGAAGGAGAAUGAAGAUCUGCAUGAACAAUUAAAUAAAAAUAAUUUUAUUACUGCUACAGAAUGGCACCAGCUGCAAUCGCAGGCCAAGUUAGUGCUGGAAGAAAACAAAUUGUUGAUGGAGCAACUUGAAAUUCAACAAGCGAAAGCAAAAGCUAGUCACAAACAACAUAUUCAGGAAGUCUCAAAAUUGACUAAACAGAUGAUAAUCCUAGAAGAUAAGAAACGGAGUCAAGAUGAAGAAAUAGCAGAGUACCAGAAGCAGUUGGAAGCUUUGCGCACCACUUGUGAAGAGCUGAAAGCCAAGCUGGAUAGUAGAGUAGCAGCAGAGGAGCACUUUGCUUUGGUGAAUGAUUUAAAAAGUCAUUUAAAACAGGAACAGGAGAAAAAGCAUUGUGAGAUGAAAGAUCUAAUGGAAAAGAUAACAUCAUUACAAGCUCAAAACAAGAAACUGCUUUUAGAGAAAAAUAACUUCAUGGCUGACAACAAGAUCCUAGAAAGUGAACUGGAAAUGAAACAAAAGACAAGCAGGCAAUUAAGGAAGAAGGUAGGUUUUUUGAAACAAGAGUUAGAAGAAGCUAUAGAAAAAGAAGUUGCAGCCCAUCACUAUCUAGAAAACCUUAUUGGUUUGGUGGAAAGGACAGCUCAGGAACGUGACCAUCUUAUAUAUUUGGCCAAGUGUUUGGAAAGUGAGAAUCAUGGUGUUCUCAACAAAAUAGUUGAAGGCAGUCUGCGCUUAGGAAGAUUAGAAGAAAAAGUCAAGGUAUAUAAAAAGAAAGCAUCUGAAAAGCUGGGAGACAUCAGUCUUAAGAUGACUGAGCAGAAGAGAGAUUUUGCUGGGAAGACUGCUCAGUACCAGCAAGAAAUGAAACACCUUCAGCAGCUGCUGCAGGACAAACAGGAAACCCUUGAUGAAGUGCUGCAGCAGAAAAGGCAAGUGGAAGGUGAACUGGAAGUCAUCUGGGAAUCUACAUCCAAAGAAAACAGGAGAAUGAGAGAACUCUUGCAUAAAUCUCUGGAGAAAAACAACAUGUGGAGCACUGUCAGAGUUCAUGAGCCAUACUUAGAUGAGAACUCUCAGAAAGAGCUUGUUUAUGGACAGGAUUUUAGUUAUUGUGAUGUGAAACCAUCACCACUUACAAAUGGAGCUCAACAAGAAUGUCAGGGAUAAGAACAAGUGUGCCUUAUGCAUCUCAUCCAAGAAAAGAUUAUUCUGGAGAAAGAAUUCUAUGGCUCAAUUUUG